AUGCCUACUCACUCCCACGACGAUGUGUCCCGCGUCAUGCACCAAUGUGUCAACGACGAGAUCGAUCCCAUCGCCGCGGCCAACAAGAUCAAGGGCUUCGUCGUGCGAAGUCCCUCAGAGUAUGAGUUUUCCGCCUUUGACAAAAUAUGGUCCGAGGCCAUCGCCAUGGCCAAAUCGUGGGAGAUAAUGGACGAGCGCCACGGACGGCUCGCCAACCUCUUCGCCGAGCUCAACAGGCUUCGUGACUCUAUGAGCGCCCUCGUCAGCCCGGAGCGGUUCCAGGUCGCCGACUUCUGGCUGCACGCGUGCGGGAAGCAGAUCUACGCCUCGGGGCAGGCCGUGCUCGACAACGAGUCGGGCAAGGACGUCUGCGAGGCGUUCCAGUUCCCGCAGGCGCCGACGGGGAGCACGCUGCCGAUGCCGCUGCGGUGCCAGUUCCGGCACACCAAGGCGCAGCUGACCCGGUCGUGGAGGGCGUGGGAGUUUUUGUUCAGGUCGUAUGCGGGGCGGGCGCGGGCGGCGGCGGGCGAGGCGGAGGAGAGGAUGCUGGGGCUGGCGAGGGGGAUGCUGGAGUACAUGGAGAUGGUCGAGUCGGAGUAUGAGAGGGCGGUGCAUGGGGAUCUGGCGGCCAUGGAGGCGAUGAGCUCCUUUGCGGGGGUUUGA